GCAGGGUGUCGGAAAGGCCUUGAAGAGACAAGGAGAGAUGAGAUGAAGGAGGGGAGCAGGACAUGGGGCAUUGCACUGGGGAGGCCUGCUGGGUGGGAUAGGGAGAGCAAGCACUAGAGAGAUCAGGCGAACGGUGAGCAGUGGAAAGGGUCCAUAAGCCAUCAGGAACAGCGAGGCUGUUGUAAAGGCCCUGGGUGGGACCGAGAUUGCACAAAGCGAGACAGUCCCACUACCUCCUCAAAGAUGUUCCCUCAAAACAGACCUCCGACUCACCUACAGGCCUCAGUGGCAACAGGGGCAGCAUCUGGCCCCCCUCAGAGCCUCAAACUCACCUAUCCUGAGACUUUGGACCGUAUCAAGGAGGAAUUUCAGUUUCUGCAGAGUCAGUACCACAGUUUAAAACUAGAGUGCGAAAAGUUGGCAACAGAGAAAACAGAGAUUCAGCGUCAUUAUGUCAUGUACUAUGAAAUGUCUUAUGGGCUGAAUAUAGAAAUGCACAAACAAACAGAGAUUGCCAAGAGGCUGAAUGUAAUCUGUGCCCAGCUGGUACCCUUCCUCUCUCAGGAGCACCAACAACAGGUUGUCCAGGCUGUAGAAAGAGCUAAGCAGGUGACUAUGGCAGAGCUGAAUGCAGCCAUCGGGGUACGUUUCAUUCCCCCUCAGCUGACUGUGCACCAACUGCAGGCCCAGCACCUCUCUCACCAUGCACCUCCAAUCCCUUUAACCCCACAUCCAUCCAGUCUGCAACACCCUGGACUUGCUGCCGCAACCAGUGCAUCAAGCCUGUUGGCGCUAUCUGGUGUUCUUGGCCUUCAGACACAACUUGCUGCAAAAGAGGGCCUUGCAGAUGCAGAACACAGAGAGAGAGACCCAGGGCCUAGCUGUUUAACCCUUCCAAAUGGUGAGCGUGUGCGCACUUUGUCAGAUUAUCUAAACAGCAACAAGAAGCGGAAAACAGAGGAAAAAGAUUUUGGCACAGACUAUGGUAGUGAUGCUGACCGCAGUGAAGAUAAUUUGGUGGUUGAUGAGGAUCCUGCCUCUCCUCACAGUGUCCAUUCUUACUCCUCUCGGGAAAAUGGUGUAGACAAACCUACUCUGCAAAGAAAAGAUCCUCCACCUGCAAGCCCAAAUUCCAUGACCUCAUCCAGUAGUGUGUCACCCUCCAGGAGCAAAGACAUUCCCUCACAGCAAGUGGAGAAGGCAGGAACCCCUGGCUUAAAGUCCAGCACUCCUAAUUCACAGAGUGAUCUAAAUACACCAGGCCCCAGUGGGACCAGUGCAUCACAAUUUAGGUCUAUCGCCACCAAACCAGCCAUUGACUCCUUAGCUCUUGGACUGAGGACUCCAUUAGGGGGGCAGGGUGGUUAUCCUGCUGCAUUUAGCAUUGCUCACCCAUCUGUAAAUGCAGAUGGUGCUGGGGCCUAUGCUGGGUUGCACCUAAUGUCUCCACAAAUUAAUGGCGCUACUGCUGCUGGAACCUAUGGACGAUCUCCAUUAGUCAGCUAUGAUCCCCAUGCUCACAUGCGAGGAUUGGGUUCUGCAAUUCCAGGGUCUGCAUCAGGAAAACCGGCAUACUCUUUUCAUGUCAGCGCAGAUGGACAGAUGCAGCCAGUUCCCUUUCCCCCAGAUGCUCUUAUUGGCUCAGGAAUUCCACGGCACGCGCGUCAGCUCCACGUACUGAACCACGGAGAGGUAGUCUGUGCGGUGACUAUUAGCAAUUCAACACGCCAUGUCUAUACUGGAGGCAAAGGAUGUGUUAAAGUGUGGGAUGUUGGCCAACCAGGUACAAAGACUCCUGUGGCACAGCUUGAUUGCCUGAACCGUGACAAUUACAUUCGCUCCUGUAAACUUCUGCCUGAUGGACGCAGCCUCAUUGUCGGUGGGGAAGCCAGCACCUUGUCCAUCUGGGACUUGGCAUCUCCUACUCCUAGAAUAAAGGCAGAGCUAACAUCAUCAGCACCGGCCUGCUACGCAUUAGCCAUUAGCCCCGAUGCCAAAGUUUGCUUCUCUUGCUGCUCAGAUGGAAACAUUGUAGUGUGGGACCUUCAAAAUCAGACCCUUGUCAGGCAGUUCCAGGGCCAUACGGAUGGCGCCAGCUGCAUAGACAUCUCUCAUGAUGGUACCAAAUUGUGGACAGGGGGGCUGGAUAACACAGUGCGAUGCUGGGACUUGAGGGAGGGCAGACAACUCCAACAGCAUGACUUCAAUUCACAGAUCUUCUCUCUGGGGUACUGCCCCACUGGAGAAUGGCUGGCCGUGGGGAUGGAGAGCAGCAAUAUUGAGGUUCUACAUGUUUCUAAACCUGAUAAAUACCAGCUGCAUCUUCACGAGAGCUGUGUCUUGUCGCUGCAAUUUGCAUCUUGUGGAAAAUGGUUUGUGAGUACUGGGAAAGAUAAUUUGCUAAAUGCUUGGAGGACACCAUAUGGGGCCAGCAUAUUCCAGUCAAAAGAAUCCUCUUCUGUUUUGAGCUGUGAUGUUUCCACUGAUGACCAAUUCAUUGUCACAGGUUCUGGAGACAAGAAGGCAACAGUAUAUGAGGUUAUCUACUGAAGUCUCCUACCUUUCUACCCUUGGGGUUUCCCUUCCAUUGCACGGACCCUCUGGGGAUGCCCCAAAGUCCCUUGGGUUAGUUCUGUUUUUAGGUGUAUAUUUUAUCUGUACUGGGCAGCGUGUAUUUAAUAAUAAAAUCAGAGAAAAGUA